GGAUAUCUGUCCAUCAAUUUCAUUUAGCAUUCAUCCCUCCAUCAUCUACAACUUGACAGACAGACAGAUAGCAACGCCAUUGCGUCGCAUAGUUCGAGACAUUAUACAACAUUCACUAUUCGAGGUUCAACAUCGGAAUCAUACCACUUUCUAAACGACUCACCUCGCUGCGCCUAUCCAUCGUCUCACCUAUUCUCUCGGGCUGUGAUCCAAGAAUCCAUCCACCUUCUCUUCCUCCCACAUACACCACACAACAAAACCACCACAAUGUCCGACCUAGACACAUUCACGCUUCUCCCCCUCCACAUUGACCCGCAAUCCAAAGCCGUCGAGUCCCCGUCCACCUCGAAAUCCCUCGGCGCCGAACUCAGCAUCCUCAACGCGCUCCACCGGACCCUCCUCAGCCUCGAGACACCGCACAACGUGCCCCCGCCCCCCAUCCCCGUGAACCCGAAGCGCUCGGCGAACAUCAACAAGCUCCGCGAGAACGCCAACGCCGAGCACCGCAAGGGCAAGCACGCCGACGCCGUCAAGCUGUACACGCUGGGCAUCCAAAUGGCGCUCUCGCGACCCCUCUGGGAACCGCAAGGUCUCGUGCGCGAGGAAGUCGCCGAGCUAUACGCGAACCGCGCGCAGAGCUACAUGGCGCAGCAGCUGUGGGCCGAGGGCGCCAUCGACGCGGAGAUGAGCGUGGAGGCGAAGCGCGGCGGGAACGCGAAGGCGUGGUGUAGACGCGGGAAGUGUCUUUUGGAGAUGGGACGGCUGGAGGAGAGCCGGGAUUGGUGCAGGAAGGGGAUGGAGAUGGAGAGUAAUGAUGCUGAAUUAGCUGCGUUGUUGAAGGAGGUUGAGACGAAGAUGGGGGUGGGGAAGGGAGGGGAGGAAUAAAUAAAUGAAUGAAUGAAUGAAUGAAUGAGUAGUGCGUGUUUUGAUGGAAGAGAGCAGAAAAGAGAGAUGGGAUGAUUGA